AUGGGGACCCAAGGACCCGGCAGAAAGAGGCUGCCGAACCUGGACAAGCUGACAGCAGAGGACGAUGCUCUCCAAAAGAUUGCCCGGGAGGCGGAAGUAAGAUUAGCAGCGAGGCGAGCGGCAAGGGCGGAGGCCAGAGAGAUUCGAAUGAAGGACCUGGAGAGGCAACACAAAGAGGUGAGACGUCACUCUAAGUAUUAUGGUGUGGAUUAUAAAUGGGGUCACAUUGAACAGUGGAUGGAGGAAGGCGAGCGCUAUUCUCGCCACUCACGGAGAAUCGCUUCGCUCUCAGAUGAUGAAGAGCGGAUGUCUGUGGGUAGUCGAGGCAGUCUGAAGCCUUCAGAUUACAGCUCUUUUCUUGGUUCUUGCUCUCGGGCAUCCUCCAGAGCUAGUUCAGCUCGUGCAAGCCCUGUGGUGGAAGAGAGACUGGACAGAGAUUUUCUGGAUAAGGGAUCUAGGACAGCGCUGAACCUUUCUGCAGCCACUCUAUCUUCACUUGGUGGGGCCUCUUCUCGUAGAGGAAGCUGUGAUACCUCGGUCUCCAUUGAGAUGGAGGCGUCAAUGAGGGAGAUGAAGGACUCUGUGGCAGAGGCUGAGGAAAAGUAUCGCAGAGCGAUGGUUUCAAACGCUCAGCUGCACAACGACAAGUCAACUUUAAUGUACCAGGUGGAAACGCUACGGGAGGAACUGAGCGACAUGGAGGAGCUGCUCUGGGAGGCGCGACGCCACUCUGAUGAGUGUACCAAAGCAUACGAGCGUGAGCGAGAGUGUCACAUUGUCCUUCAGUUCCAGUUUAAAGAGAUGGAAGAGACUAUGAAACGCAGCGAAGAACUGCUGAUGGAAGUGUCACAGUUACAAGCGCAAACUCACGCUUACUCUCAGGACGUGUCUGACUUGCAGGAAGCUCUGCAGUGGAAGGAAAAGAAGAUUGCAGCAUUAGAGCGUCAGAAGGAAAUCUCUGACAUCAUUCAGAUUGAGCGUGACCAACUGAGAGUUGAGGUGUCCAGCCUUCGAGAUGUUUUGAAGAAAUACGGGGAAGUCAUUUCUCCUGAGGUCGCAACUAAUGGAGGGCUGAGAUCGGAAGAUGCUGAGGAUGAGUUUGACAACAGCUUUGCUUCCCGAUUGGCAGUGGAAGCUCCAGGGAGCAGAGAGAGCAUGUUGGAACUGCGGCUUAAGAAGCUCAUUGAAGAAAGAGAGAGUUUCCAGGAUCAGGUCAGAAUGCUCAGAAAACAACUACUUCUGAGCCAAAGAAAUGGAUCUGAUGGGAGUCAGAAUCGUGAGGAAAACCGUCUAGAAAAUGGCACGGACUCUUAUGUGAUGGACACCCAGAGAGAUGCAAACAGACAAAUUAGCGAGCUGAAGUUCAAGCUGGUGAAAUCUGAACAAGAAGUUAACACUUUGGAACAGAGCAUCAUCCGGCUGGAAGGUCAGGUAACGCGAUACAGGACAGCAUCGGAGACCGCAGAGUUGGUCGAGGAUGAGCUGAAGGUCGAGAAGAGAAAACUACAGAGAGAAUUACGCUCAGCCCUGGACCGAAUUCAGGAGCUUGAGUCCACCAACGGUCUCCUUGCCAAACGGCUGGAGAAAAUGAAGGCCACCCGCAGCGUUCUUCAGAGCCAGCAGUGA